AUCUCAUUGAAAAUUAAUUAAAUAACAAUUAAAUUGUGAUACAUCUAUCUAUCUGAGAGGUGGGAGCAAACCCCUCUAAACCAAGAACAACUCACUGUCGUCAAGAAUGGCCAUUGAUUUAGCCUAUGGCCUUGGCAUUCUUGGCAAUGUGGUGUCGUUCUUGGUUUACUUGGCGCCUGUACCUACGUUCUACCGAAUAUGGAAGAAGAGGUCGACGGAGGAGUUUCAGGCGGUGCCGUACGCGGUUGCGCUGUUCAGCGCCAUGUUGUAUCUUUAUUACGCCUCCCUUAAAGGCAACUCUCUCGUUCUUAUUACAAUCAAUUCCCUCGGAUGUCUGAUCGAGACUUUCUACCUUGUCGUUUUCCUCAUCUUCUCAAACAGCCAAUCCCGAAUUGGGAUCACGAAGGUGUUGUUGGUGUUCAACGUGUCGUGUUUAGGGUUAAUAAUUGGGACAACCUAUUUGGCGGCGGAAGGGAAGCGGCGCGUCGACGCCGUCGGCUGGAUCUGCGCCGCCUUCUCUGUUACCGUCUUCGCUGCUCCUCUCACUAUCAUGAGACAAGUGAUAAAAACAAAGAGCGUGGAAUUCAUGCCAUUAUCGCUCUCCUUCUUCCUCACCAUCUGCGCCGUCGUCUGGUUCUUCUAUGGCUUCGCCGUCAGGGAUUUCUACAUUGCUGGACCCAACAUUCUAGGGUUUGUAUUCGGGGUAGCUCAAAUGGGGCUAUACAUGGUGUACAGAAACAACAACAACAAUGUCAAAAAUCCUAAAAAACAGUUCUCAACAGCAGCUGCAGAAGCGAAGGUUCACGACAUCACCAUCGAGCUCAACACCACCACACCCCGACGAAAACAAGAAGAAGAAGAAGACAAUAAUAUUAUCAUUAACCAGUACAACCAUGAACAAGAACAAGAAGAUGAAGAUGAUGACCCUGAGAAGCAAUCCUCACCGUCGGAUCACACCAAACACGAUUUAGAUCAGAUAGUUGUAGUCGAUCCUUCUUCCCAGGACCUCCAACUCCCGGCACUAGUCCUCGUACAAGUCAAUGCUUAAGGCAUGAUCAUAUCUAUCUUUAAUUAAAUUAUAUAUAAAUAUAAUUACUCGAAGAAUUGGUCUUAUCUAAAGAUUAUAUAUCACAAUAAUACAUAUAUACAUGUUGAUUUUUGUUUAUGUUUUAUUAUUGUAACAAUUAAUUAAUUAAGCAUCUUGGUUGUUUAUGUUAUACAUGAUUA